UAAUAAUAGACGAUUAAUUAAUAAUAGCGGAGUAUAUUGAGAUAUAAUUUAUUUUACUUUUAAAAAUAGAAUUUUUUAUUUAUUUUUCAGUCAAUUCAUAUUUGAAUAGGAAACGUCAUUAAAAUAUUACAUAUAUUUGAUUUGGGAAAAAACGGUGAAAACUGUCAAGGAUAUUUUAUGCAAAAUGCUUAAGAAAGCAUCACUAGUAACCUAGUGAUGACACAAAUUAACUACUGUGAACUCAAUACGGUCUUUUGUGAAGUCGAAAAUUGUUGUAAAGCGUCGAAGUGCUUAUUAGAAUGAAAAAAAAUUAUUCAGAGAGAAUUGUGUAUUUUUAUUAGAACAAGGACACGAAGACAAAAAGGUUACAUCGAACAGUAAUUUUAAAAUUAUAUCAAAACCUUUCCAGCCGUUAUCAACAAAAAUAUCAUCAAUUUGAGGCUAUAUAGCAGAAAGCUCCGAAAGUUCAAUAACUUUGAGACGUGCAAUGUUCUUGAAACUCGAUAUGGAGGAAAAUGAACAUGACCUAAGUCAGUUGGAUGCCAGUAUUUUGUCAGGACAGCGGCCAGUAUGUGAAAGGAUCGUUAGAUAGAACAAAUAAAUAUUGAUGUAUUAUAUUUUUCUAGUAUAUGCAAUAUUCUUAGAUUAUAUUGUAAUGACGUUUCCUAUUCAAAUACGAAUUGACACAAAAAAAUCUACUUUUAAAAGUAAACUAAAUAAAACUUCGACGUACUAACCAUCCCCCCCCCCUGAGAUGAUUUUGCAAGACUGACAGACAGACAGACACAAAAACUACAUUUUACACAAAAUAAUAAUUAUUAUAACAUUACAAGCCGAGGGGCAAGGGAUUGUUAGUAAUGGGGAGGUUAGUCCCUAUUGUUAUCAAUAUACCCUACCAGAUCGACCUCCACGCGGUUCCCCUGGAAACCAUCAUGACUAAUUUAUUGUUAAAUUCGUCACGAUGGACUAACUGACCUGCCUUUUCAUCUUCACCAAUCAUCUCUCACUGGUGCCCCGUGUGUAUAACACGAGGCAACGGCUCAAAAAUUUUACUCGUAGAAUCGACAUUGUUUAUAUUGCUUCAAAUUUUCGCAAGAUCGCCUGAUUCAAUCACUAAUGCAUACAAUCGCUAAAUAAAAGGCCUUAUACAUUUGUCCUUAUCAGUUUCUUUUUAGCAACUCUAGGGCAAUAAGAUAAGACCUACUAGUAUAUGAAAGGUUCGUUGGCGACUGAAAAUAGAUAUAUUAUAUUUUUUCUAGUAUAUGUAAUAUUCUUAUGACGAACCUUUCGUAGAAUCAAAGCGGUCGCCGUGAUCGAAAACGAUCACAAUUUAUCAUUUAAAUUCCUGUUUAAAGACUAAACAAUAUGCAAAACCUUUUGAUAUAAAUACAGAAAUUUAAUCAAUGAUUAACCCAAAAAUGUAAUAAGAACUUUUAUAAGUAGGUACUAACCUACCCAGUACUACCCUACUUACAUUGGGGAGAAAGGGAUUGUUAGUGAUGGAGACUGAGAAUCCCAUUGCUAGCAAUAUACCCAACCAGGUCGACCUCCUCGCGGUUCCCCUUGGAAACUAUCAUGGUUAAUUCCUGAUGAAUUCAUCAUGAUGGGCUAACUGGCCUGUUUUCAUUCUCAUCUAUCACCCUUCACUGGUGCUCCGCCAGCGUAUCCCGUUAGCGCAGGCGGAGUUACCAUUCCAUUUUCACCCAUAAAAAAAAACCUACUUACAUGGGGGGGGGGAUUAGUUUAAGGGAUUGUUAGUAAUGGGGUCAAAUAGCCUCAUUACUAGCAAUAUACCCUGUCAGGUCGACCUCCACGUGGUUCCCCCUGGAAACCAUCGUGACAAAUUCUAGUCGUCUGGAUGGGCUAACUGACCUACUUUCAUCUUCAUCUGUCAUCCCACACUGGUACCUCGCCAGUGUACCAAUAGCGCAGACAGGGUUACCAUACCAUUAUCACCCAUUAAAAAACCUACUUACAUUAUGUUCAUAUUUAAAAAUAACUCUAUAGUAUACUUACAUAGUCAAACAAAAUAUAAAGUAUAGAUUAAGGAUUAAUACCUGACAUAUAAAUAUGAUUUUUUGACAAAACUUUUUGUGUUCAUUUUCAUGUUGCUUGGCAACAUAAACGUAAAUAUAAACACAACAAACUUCAAUCGCGUCAAAGCUUGCCCCAUAUCUGUUGCUUUGCAUUAAAAUAAUUGUUAUAAUUAAUUUUAUUUAGCAAAGAAAUUAAUAAAUCAGUUAUUACUCAGUACAAUGGCUAGCAAGACUUCGUAUGAACUCCAUCAUAACUUCCCUAAGUUAGCCGAAGAGUCUGGCUUCACUUUUAAUAAUAUUAGACCUCGCAUUCAUAUCGACUGGAAUAAAAUUAGAUUAAUUGACAUAGACUAUUUAAUAAAGGAGAGAAAAUUUUGUCUAAUCGAGCAACACAUGAAUGACGUACUAAACUGUGUAUUGGAAUCUGAAUUCGAUGUGCGUAUUCUCAAUGAAAGCGUACUGAAGAUGUUCCGUCUAGCGCAAUUAGCAGUCGAAUACCAACAAUUUUGUCGGCACUAUCUUGACCGAAGCGUUUAUGUUCUACGAGAGGAGAUAUCUUCACUUAUGCAGGAGCUCGACCUGACAAAAAAAGACCUACGGGAAAAGGAAGAGGAAAUAAAAAAACUAAGAAGAAAAACAAAACAUACCUAUAGAACUCCACUCCCAUAUGGAAAUGAUAAUAUAGCUAACAUGAUUUUAAAAACUCUUACAAACAGAAAUGAUAUGUUUGCUUCGACCUCUAACGUUGAUACCAUGCAAUAUAAUAAAUGUAGUUAUUGCGAAAAAGUGUUUUUAAAUCAACUUUAUUUAAAAAGCCACAUAUCCAGGCGGCAUACCAAUGUUAUGGAAAUACCUGAAAACGACAGAGCAGAAAACAUUCAAAGUACACUUAAUAAUAAAGAAAACGCGAAAUUAAGUGACGAACUGAUGGAACUUAGAGCUAAAUUAAAAGAAAUGGAAGCAAUUAUUAUUAAUACUGUGUCGAAUCAAAAUAAAGAAGAAAAUAAAUCGACAGAAUAUAUAAACAAUGAAGAUAAAAUUGAAAUAGGCAAAAAUGUUUCAAAAAAUAUGAAAGACGUAGAAGUUUCGACAAAUAGUGAAGAUUAUUUAUUAGAUAAAAUAGAAGAAUGGAAAAAGGAAGAACAUGAGAAAUACAACAAAGAAAUAAUGCUUUUAAGAAACCAAAUUAUGGAAACUAUUAGUUCCUUUAAAGAAAAAGAAAGUAAAACAAUUGUACAGAAUGAAUUGAAUAUUAUAGAUCAAUUGCAUGCUACAAUACGUCAACAGGGCACUGAAAUUUUAGCCUUAAAACAAGAAUUAAAUGAUUCGAAAUCAAAAGCGGCAAAUGAAAAUGCUCAAAGAUUUAAAGAAGCUGAAGAACAAAUGACAAUUUGGGGGAAACGCGCAGAAGAACAAACUAAACAGUACGAGUUGUUACUUAAAAAAUUAAAUGAUGUAGCUAAGGAAGCUCAAGAAUCAAGAAACCAGGCCGAAAAAGAAAAGGAGAAAGUAGCACAACUGCAGGCAAUUUUAGAGGAACAGUUACAUAAAAAUAAUUCGAAUGAUAAUGAAAAUAUUUCCAGCGAUAUUGAGGAAGACCCUAAACCUGGCAAUAAAAAGAAUCAUUUUAAAGGAAACGGCAAGUUAUCUGCCACAUUGAUUAAUACGGGAAAUCCUAUAAGAAAAUCUACGCCAUUGGCUGAUCGAAACGCUCUCGAAAAACUUCAUUUAAAGGCGCAAGAACUUCUUAGUAUUGCAUCCAUUAGUUCCAGCUCUUCUGAUGUUUCAAGCACUGAAAUAAAUAAACCUAUUAUACAAAAACAAAAACCAACGAACAUAAAACAAGAUCAGCUAAAGCAGAGAAAAGAUAUCAGCGACUUUAACAAACAAGACAUAAAAAAUAUAGAGAAGGCAUCUAACAAUCUGAUUAACUCUAUUAAAAAUAAAUCAAAAGAAUCCUUGAAACUAAAAGAAGCUAGUACAAAAAAGGAUAAGAUAAAAUCCCGUUCAAAGGUUGUAACUAAUGGCCCUAUUGUUGUUCCAAGAAGUCCAUCAAAGUUGGUGCGUGCAAAACUAAUAGAAGAAGUAAAUAACCGUUUAAUAAUGGCAGGAAUGGACCCACUCAAGAACAGGUUACCCAAAAGUAUAUUUCAAAAACAGCGACUCCUGCUACAACAGCAACAUGAAUUGAAAUCUAAGAAAAAUUCUGAUCACGAUAAAAUAAGACAUACAAUUUUGGCUUAUUUGGAUUCAAGUGUAAUAAAAAAGAAGAAUGCAAUUCCUGACGACUAUGUUUCUCCAGAUAAAGUAUCUAAGUUUAGUAGUAUAACAUCAGUUUUGUCCAAUGUAAAAAGUAAAGCUUUGUCAUUAGUGAAAUCAAAUGACAAUCAGAUCAAACACAAACCACUGAACUCGGACAUGACAAAAAGGGCAAUGUCUUUAUUAAAGACGCCUCCUGGAUCAGCGCAUUCUAGUCCCAUAAUUAAACAACAUAGUCCCAUUAAAAAGAAUUUGGAGAAAGAAAAAGAAUUAAACCACAAUUCAAAUCAUGAGGUCAAAAAUAACAAUGCAUAUAAGAAUAAAACUAAAAAAAGACAAACACUGGCUACAAGUUCCGCAUUGGACACAUCAAAUAGUGAUUCCGCUGAAAACGAUCAUAAAUAUUAUAAAGCAGUUGUUCAGCAAUCAUCUAAAACUGUAGAAAACCUAAUCAAGUCUCCCGCUAGAAGACCUUCAUCCGCUAACUCAGAUUAUAAAAAUGCCGUAAAGAAAUAUGCUUUCGACGCCGAUGUAAACACUAUACAUUCUCAGUCAAAAGCAACUAUAUCUAACUACCAAAAUGAUUUCACUAAUGACAAAUUGAUAAAAGAUGAUAAAAUCGUAGAGAAAUACGACAGUAGUGAAGAAUCGUUAAAAAAUGUAGCUCUUGUAAAAGCAAUCUCUGAGGAAAAUAUUCAUAAUCCAAAACAAACUAAGGGAGUUUUGAAAAGUGCAUCUUCAAUGUCUUCUUUAAAUAAGAAGAAAGUAUUAUUUGAUAUGGAUGCAAUUCAAAUGAAAUCUGUAAGUGCAUCGCCAUCGCAAAGCAUCACUGAAAAAAGUGAUUCUAACGAAAAAUACGAACUAGGCCUGAUAAAUCUCGAUGGCGAAGAGUGGGAUAUAUCUAGCAUAGAAAAUGAACCUUUAAAGACUGCUGCUAAAAUUCAAGUAAAUACACGUACAAGUCCAAAAAUUGCAGAACUAAAACAAACUAUAGAGUCACAGUUGGCACGGCGCAACGACACUCCUUCUACUGUUCUUGUUGGUGGAGUAGAUGUUUUGUCUGGACAAAUGAUAAAAGCUUCUUGUAUAGGCGGCAGCAAUACCAGUCUGGGCAGCUCUAUUCUUGACGAUUCUGAUAGUAUACCAGCAACUAACCACAAAGCAUUCGUAAAACCGAAAAAUGUCCCACAAAAAGAUGACAGCGAAUUGGAUAUUUCUGAAUUCAGUAUAGAUGGAUUAGGCAAUAAGAAUGAAUCUUUUUAAUAUUGAAGAUGAAAAAUAUUUUUAUAAUAUAUAGUUAAUGAAA